AUGGAUGCAAUGUACGGACUCCACUCGGCCGGCGACGAUUACUCCGAUAAGGCGCUAAUGUCCCCGGACAACCUCAUGAGCAUCGCCGCCGCCGGUGGCUACUACCACGACUACGAUCCUCUGAUUCCCUCCGCCGAUCAUCACCGCCGCAUUAAUCCACCGUUCGAAUCGGAGGACUACGGGCUAAUCCAGUGCUCCGCCGUAUCUGAAUCCGUAAAUUCCGUAAGCGCUCACCGCACGAUCGGCUAUGGCGACGGAGGAGCCGAUCGAAACCGCCGUGAGGACGACGGGGCCAGCUAUGCCGCCGUUAAAGCCAAAAUUGCUGCUCAUCCUUGUUACCCGAAGCUGCUGGAUGCCUACAUCGAUUGCCAAAAGGUCGGAGCCCCGCCGGAGAUAGCGUGUUUGCUAGACGAGAUCCGGCGAGAAAAAGACGCACAGUACUGCAAACAGGACGACGCCGUUUCCACGUGCUUAGGAGUCGAUCCCGAGCUCGACGAGUUUAUGGAAAGCUACUGUGACGUAUUGGUGAAAUACAAGAGGGAUUUGUCGAGGCCCUUUGACGAAGCUACAUCUUUCCUCAACAACAUUGAAACCCAACUCGCCAAUCUUUGUAAAGAUGAAAUUUAA